UAUUUACUCGCAGGUCAAAUUUUUCGCUUGUAAUCGGCUGUGGAAACAUAACCUCUAAAUCAUACAAUUCAUAAUUUCUGGAACUGAGUUGAUAAAAGUUUUUGUUUGUUCGUAAUAAAAGCUGAAAAUGCCGGAUCACUUGGGAGAUGACAUGCGAAAAGUCAAAAGCGAAGAGGAAAAGGAAGAAAAGGAUAUAAAACCCCUUGAUGAAGGAGAUAUCGCCCUGCUGAAAACUUAUGGUCAAGGGCAAUACACGAAAAGUAUAAAAGCCGUAGAGGAAGAUAUCCAAACGGUGAUAAAGCGAGUAAACGAACUUACCGGAAUUAAAGAAUCUGAUACUGGUCUUGCACCUCCAGCACUUUGGGAUCUUGCAGCUGAUAAACAGACUUUGCAAAAUGAGCAACCUCUGCAAGUGGCUCGUUGCACGAAAAUCAUCAAUGCUGAUACGGACGAUCCAAAAUACAUCAUUAACGUGAAACAAUUCGCAAAGUUCGUCGUCGAUUUGGCAGAUUCCGUAGCUCCCACUGAUAUUGAAGAAGGAAUGAGAGUUGGUGUUGAUCGUAACAAAUAUCAAAUUCACAUUCCCCUUCCUCCCAAAAUCGACCCGACUGUGACGAUGAUGCAGGUAGAGGAAAAGCCCGAUGUCACGUACAGCGAUGUAGGUGGGUGUAAAGAGCAGAUAGAAAAAUUGAGGGAAGUCGUAGAAACACCUUUGCUUCAUCCUGAAAAGUUCGUCAACUUAGGAAUUGAGCCACCGAAAGGGGUUCUUCUCUUUGGACCUCCAGGCACGGGAAAAACUCUUUGUGCUCGUGCUGUUGCAAACAGAACUGAUGCCUGUUUUAUUCGUGUAAUUGGUUCUGAAUUAGUACAAAAAUAUGUAGGCGAGGGAGCGAGAAUGGUGAGAGAACUUUUCGAAAUGGCUCGAAGUAAAAAAGCUUGUUUAAUUUUCUUUGAUGAAAUUGACGCGAUCGGUGGUGCACGUUUCGAUGAUGGUGCAGGCGGAGACAAUGAAGUUCAACGUACAAUGUUGGAACUCAUCAAUCAACUUGAUGGAUUCGAUCCAAGAGGCAAUAUCAAAGUAUUGAUGGCAACUAACAGACCAGAUACGCUGGAUCCAGCAUUAAUGCGUCCCGGUCGUCUGGACAGGAAAGUCGAAUUCGGUCUUCCGGAUCUUGAGGGACGAACGCACAUUUUCAAAAUUCACGCUCGCUCAAUGAGCGUCGAGCGAGACAUUAGAUUCGAACUGUUGGCUCGUUUAUGUCCAAACAGCACUGGAGCUGAAAUCCGAUCCGUUUGCACGGAAGCUGGCAUGUUUGCAAUUCGCGCUCGUCGCAAAGUUGCGACCGAGAAAGACUUCCUUGAAGCCGUCAACAAAGUUAUCAAGUCCUAUGCCAAAUUCUCCGCUACUCCCAAGUACAUGACUUACAACUAAAAAUCGAAAGUGAAUCGCACUCUGUGUCGAUUAAUAUUCAUGUCUGCGAUUUCAGAUUGAUAGGCGCAUCAGGCUUAUUGAUUAGUAAAGAUUGGCAGCCGAGUUUUCCACCUCGCCAGGAAAAUUUAAAAUCUCUGCAGAUCUGGAAAAAGUAAUUAAAUCAUUAAAAACGUGGAUGAGCAAUGAGAAACCAGGAAACACGCGCGAUUCAUAAAUAUGUCAUAAAUAUGCGUUAUAAUAAUAAAUAAAUAAAUCAUAAAUAAUAAAUAAAUAUGUCAUGAAUA